UUCUGGGGUCAAAAAAACCUUCAAAUGCAGACUGUGAUAUUAGCUCCGAGGAAGUGCAUGUUAGUGAAGUGAUCAAGUUGCAUGUGAUUUGUUGUAAGUGCGUGAAAAACAAAAGUUUGUUAAAAGAGUUCUUAGUAUUGUUGUCCUAAACAGAAGGAAUUUGGAAAAUUGUCGAAGUGCGAUUAACAAAAAUUUGAUUAGCAAAUAGUUUUGAGGUUGAAACUUAUAAUAGAUUCGAAAAUCAUGCAAUCACCUUACAAGACAAGAGAGCAGAUUGAUGCAGAUAACAUCGAAACGAUCGUCGACGAGCAAUUGGAAAGAAUACACCAGUUCAAAAGAAAAAUUGUUGAUGCUUUUGAAAAUGUUGAUUCAACUCAAAAUAACAACUCGAAAAGACUCAAACGGGAUUUGCAACAGGUGGAAGAAAUUAUCCAGCACAUCAACGUACCAGAAGAUGAUGCACUAACGGUGGAAAUGUUUGAUCGAGGAGAGUCAUCUCGGCAAAGGAACUCAUUUGAAGAUGGUCAUUUAAUCAUCAUUAACGGUGAAGAGGAAAUCAUAUUCAGAAGGACAAUGGAAAAAUUCAAUAAACUUCUAGAACGUUUGGCAAAUUCGAAAGAAUAUUACCAGAAGGAGAGAGAGCAGUACGCAUCUAAUGCUCAGCAAGAGGCUAAGGAAGAGUAUCGGCAAUUCUUGACUAGUGUUGGCAAAGGACUAGUAAACAUUGGCCAAAUUCUCAUUCAUAAGCCUGAAUGAACAUUUCCCGCGUUUCUACUGAUAAUAUUUUAACGUCUCCCCCUAGACAACAAUCUUGGAUCUUCAUCUCAAAAUUUCGACAAACUAUACACCAGAGCUAACAAUAGUUCAAUUAUGUAAAGCCAAAAUCCAAAAGACCUUUAAGAUCACUUCAAGAUACUUUUACAUAGCAGCACGCAAUUGUGUUAAAAGACGAACUGAAAAAUAUGAGGAUGUUGUAAUUUGGAAAUUGGCCAAAAUUGCAGGCUCAUUAUUCUGGUUAAUUGUAGGGCUCUCCACCUAAAAUAGAUUGCGUGAUAUGACGGAAGCGAAUAGUUACAGUUGUGGGUUUUCUUUUGUCUUUGAGUUCCUGCUUGGUUGUCGUGCCUUUUAAGAUUUUAGCGUGUAGAAAAUAAUAUGAAGUAACGGCAUCCAUCUUGUUUGUAGUGUUAAUUGUAGUUUACUUUUUUGUAAACAUUUUGUCAUAGCAGAAAUCCGAGAAUUAAACUCACAUUUUGCAUGUAGUCCGGUUAUUUGCUUGUAUGUCGUGACUCCUAAAUGAUUUUAAUUAUGAUUAUUAGUACAUUUGUAUAAAAUAUUCGCGCUUGCAGAUGAUUUUCAGAACCUUACUCAAGCAAAUCAGCCAAACCCACAAAAAUAGUUUUCCUAGAUUUUGUAUUCCGAAUACCACACUUAGUUAUUAAUUUAUCUUCCAGUUGUGGUCUGUCGUAAAUGAAUACCUUUCAGAUACAUCAAAUACUUUUCUGAAAUAUAAUAUAUUUUUCUCCUUCAAGAUACAUUCCUAUACGUCUAGAGUAAAUUUAUACCCGUACAAUUACCAAACAAAUCAUUCCUAUUGAAACCUAUCUCAGAAUCGACCUGUAAUUUCCAUUCCCACAUAAAAAUUUGAUAUCUUCUCGUCAUCCCGUUGCGGUUAACCAAACUGGCAUCUUUUAUUCAAUGUGUUUUCAAAUUAUUGGCAUUUUACGUAAAUAUAAAACCUUUUAUUACGAAUAACGAUAACUAAUACUACUUACAACUAUAAUAUAACUUAACAAUGGUUGCAAUUUAUUGUUAAUGAAAAUUACGUAAUUUUAUUUCAACUGAAAUAAUGUAUAAGACGUACUUAGAGAAUAUUACAUGAUGAUCUUUGA